GUUCCGACAUGUUCAAGAUAGUGGUACUGUUGGCGGCAAUCGCGUCCACGUUGGCGGAACAAUCGAACGAAGUGCCGGGCAAGGACAGUGAGACGAGUGAUGCGAAAAAGUCGAUAUCCCGCGAUUGUGCCAACGCCUACACCGCCACCUGCCUGAAGCUGGACAUCGUGUCAUGGGUGGACCGGCUGAACGAGGAGGACAGCUACAGUGUGGUGCCGGGUGUGACGGUGGUGCGCGAGAACGGCAGCGCCCGCUCCAACACCGCCGACAUGGUGGCGGAGCUGGCCCGCGACUUCCCCAACGACCCGGCCGCCAGGCUGGACGCGUUCAUGGUCAAGAAGAUCACGUCGUACCUCAACAGCCACUCGCUGAGGCUGAACUUCUACGACGCGGACGGCGAGGUUGAGAGCGCACGUGGAGGAGGAGGCGGUGGCGGAGGACUGGGCGGAGGUGGAGGAGGUGGAGGAGGAGGCGGCGGCAAGAAGAAAGGAGGCGGCGGAGGGAUGCACUUACUUUUGGCCGCCGGGGGGAUGAUGAAGGCCAUGCUGAUGACUUUGGCGUUGGGUGGAAUCGCUGCUAUUGCUGGCAAGGCUUUGGUGGCCGGUUUGAUUUCGUUGCUGCUGUCGGGAAUCAUCGGCCUGAAGUCCCUGACGUCCGGUCACAAGUCCACUACCUACGAGAUCGUUUCCAAACCGGUCUACUCCCAUUCGAACUCGCAUUCCGUCUCCCAUGAGGAACAUGGGGGAUAUGGACAUUCGUCGUAUGGCAGAAGCUUCGAUGUACCACUACCUCUUGGUCUCCAACCAGAUUACAAACCACCAAGUUAA